GAAAAGCGAAGCAGAUUGUUGCUUAGACCAAUACUUGAAUUGCAAUGUGGUCCUAGUAGAUGGACCGCUUCACAAGAUCCUUAGAUCAGUGAACUUUCCGCUUAACAUGAAGGUUGAUCAAGAGCAAGUCCCCACUAUGGCUGACAUGUUAGGUGUUUUUCCAGCCUACAAUCAAGUUCGUGAAACGAGUCUAGCUGCAUCAGAUCUCACUUCAAGCUCAUCUAACACACAAAACACUUCAUCAUCUUAUUCGAGUUCAGCAUCCACAACAACUGAGCAUGGCCGCCAAAAGACUCCCCCUCCGGUUGUAAAGUGCAGACCUCCUUGCCCAAGGCAGUAUUCGAAAUCACAACAGUUGACUCAGAUUCCUGACUUUGAGAUCAAGGCACCAGCUCGCAAAUCGAUAUCUCAGUCUACAAAAGAAAGAACAGACCAAAAUGGCAAUCAUUUAAGAGUUAAAGAUGAUAUGGCAAGAAAUUUAGAUAUGAAGAGAGAAACCGAAACAAUACCAUAUGCCUCAAGACUAGACCAAAGAGAGAGGAAUCAAAAAGAGUAUAGACAACAAACUACAAGAAGGGCAUCUUUUAGUCACACAAAUACUUCACUUAUAGACAGGACAUCAAGCAUAAGAAGGGAAAUGUCUCUAUCACUAAAAGAGCCACCUACACCGCCCCCUCUUUGUUCCAUCUGCAAGCAUAGUGUUCCAGUUUUCGGUAGAUCACCACGAAAGUUCAGCCAUGAAGAGAUUGAGAAAGCAACCGCUGGAUUUUCAACAAGCAACUUCUUGGCGGAAGGUGGAUAUGGUAAAGUAUAUAGAGGCGUUUUGAACGAUGGACAAGUUGUUGCGGUCAAAAAACGUAAGAUGGUUAGUGCACAAGGUGCAGCUGAGUUUUGUUCUGAAGUUGAAGUGUUGAAAUGUGCACAACACAAGAAUCUAGUCAUGUUGAUUGGUUACUGCAUUGAGAAGGAGUGGCUACUUGUAUAUGAGUUUGCUUGUUAUGGGUCUUUAGACAAACACUUAUAUGGUAACUUGAAUGAGGUGAUGACUUGGGAGAAUAGAAUGAAGGUUGCAUGUGGUGCAGCAAGAGCUUUAAGAUAUCUUCAUGAAGAUUGUCGUGUUGGUUGCAUAAUACAUAGAGAUUUUCGGCCUAACAAUAUACUUUUAACACAUGAUUUUGAACCAAUGGUAGGAGACUUCGGUUUGGCUAGAUGUCAACAAGAUGGACAACUAGAGGAAGAAACGCGAGUUGUUGGCGCAUUCGGUUACUUGGCUCCUGAGUAUACACAAACUGGUUUAAUAACCGAGAAAGCCGAUGUAUAUGCAUUUGGGGUCGUCCUUUUGGAGAUUUUAACUGGCAUCAAGGCUAUUGAAUUCUCAAGAACCUCUAGGAAGCAAUACUUUUCCGAAUGGGGUCGACGUGUACUUUUGGAGGGACAGGCAUGUGUAGAAAUGAUUGAUCCUAGGUUAGCAAACAAGUAUGAUAUGAAAGAAGUGGAGUACAUGAUGUAUGCAGCCAGUUUAUGUAUAUCACCUAACCCUGAACAAAGGCCAAGGAUGUCUAAGGUCUUGAGAAUAUUGGAAGGGAAUUUUCAAAUUGAAAUACUUAAUCAUCAUCAAGAACAAUCUCCCACCAUCUUUGUAAAACCAAGUUUAGAAAGCUAUAAUUCAAUCACGGAUGCAUCGUUAAAGAAGCAAGAAAAAAAUCAGCGUCAAAAACCAAUACGGGUUGUUACAAAACUAAGUUCACUAUCACUCAAAUUGGAAGAUCACCAAGAUGCCAUUCUUAAAACGAAAACACCAAGACACGAGAGUAUGAUAAGCGAUGAAUAUAAAGUGUACUUACAAGGGUCACUCCAAAAACAUAUCCAGAGCCUCAACAUGAAGUAG